CUACCAAAAAGUCCAAAGCAAAACAGAAGAGGCAGGAAGAGCCAAUUAAUUCUUGCGGGUGACCUUACGUUGAACUAGUAAUGACCCAGCAAGAAAAACACUUUCCCGUUUCGUGCUUCGUCCGACGAAUUAGGAAACGAGCAAUGAAGUAGAAGCCGUUAAUAAUUGGAUCUUGAUUGCGGGCGCCUGAAGAAUCACCGUCUUGUCUCGUCUUGCAGAGCUUAUUCUUAUUCGCGGAUCGCUGCACAUGCGGUGCCCAUGCUGUUUCGCGUCGUCCCGUCCCUUCCCGUUUGCCGGCUAGCUUUUCUUUUCUCUCCGCAUCCCGCGGCAGCCACCCACAGGCUGCCACAGGCCACAGCCAGGCAGCCAGCAGCCGCGCGGCGCCACGGGCAGGACGGCAGAAGAGUCCAGAGCGCAAGAGUGGAGAGGGCAGCGGGAGCCGCCGACCACAAAAAUCUGCAAACAACACUGAAAAUCCACUCAUCCAUUCCAAACCCCCGCACACAGCCCGGCAGCGCGAUCCGGGACCCUCCUUCUAGAACCUUCGGCAAGCAGAUCCACCCAUGGCCUCGGGCGCGGCCACCGCACCGGUGCCGCCGGCGCAGCUGGGGACGCUUUGGUCGGCGCUCGAGGACCAGCGGGGCACGCGGGACGUCCCGCUGCUCUCGUCGGCGUGGAGCCUGCCUGGCUCCCUCGCCGGCGAGCGGGGGGAGGCGCAGGCGAAGGAAGGGUUGCUCCGGCGCGCCGCGGCCGCGGUGGCGCGGGUGUGGGGCGCGCUGUGCGCGGCGGCCGCGGAGAUGUUGGCGUUCGCCCGGGCCGACCCGCGGAAGCCCGUGUUCGCGGCCAAGGUCGGGCUGGCGCUCUCGCUCAUCUCGCUGCUCGUCUUCCUCCGCGAGCCGCGCGACAUCGUCAGCCACUCCGUCUGGGCCAUCCUCACCGUCGUCGUCGUCUUCGAGUUCAGCAUCGGUGCAACCUUAAGCAAAGGUUUUAAUAGGGGAUUGGGAACACUUACUGCAGGAGGGCUUGCUCUAGCAGUUGCCGAAUUGUCCAAAAAUCUGGGGACACUGGAAGAAGUGAUUCUUAUUAUGAGCACCUUUAUUGUUGGAUUUUGCACAAACUUGGCAAAGCUGCACCCAAAGAUGAAGCCUUAUGAGUAUGGUUUUCGUGUAUUCUUAUUGACAUUCGUUUAUGUCAUGGUCUCUGGGUACAACACAGGGAAGUUCACUGAUACAGCUGUUAGUAGAUUUGUAUUGAUUGCUCUUGGUGCCGCUGUCAGUCUUGGAAUCAAUAUAGGUAUUUACCCAAUAUGGUCUGGAGAGGAUUUGCACAAUUUGAUUGCCAAGAAUUUUGCUGGAGUUGCAAAAUCCUUGGAAGGCUGUGUCGAUGGAUAUCUGAAAUGCAUGGAGUAUGAACGGAUUCCUUCAAAAAUACUUGUAUAUCAAGCUUCGGAUGAUCCUCUAUAUAGUGGGUACAGGGCAGCUGUUGAGGCAUCAGCACAAGAGGAAACCCUGUUAGGUUUUGCUAUAUGGGAGCCACCACAUGGCUCUUACAAAAUGAUGAACUAUCCAUGGAAGGGUUUCACUAAAGUCGGUGGAGCAUUAAGGCAUUGUUCCUUUGCAGUCAUGGCAUUGCAUGGUUGCAUUCUUUCUGAAAUUCAGGCACCACCAGAAAGCAGAAGAGUUUUUGCUUCAGAAAUUCAUAGGGUGGGAAGAGAAGGUGCUAAAGUAUUGCGUGAGCUUGGAAACAAGGUCAAGACGAUGACCAGGUUGAGCUCUUCAGAUAUACUAUUUGAAGUCCACUUGGCCGCUGAAGAGUUGCAAAAAAAGAUUGAUGAGAAGUCGUAUCUUCUGGUGAAUACUGAAAGAUGGGACGCUAGCAAGCGAGCUGAAGGAAUCAAAGAAGCCAUGAAUGGUACCAGUGUUGCGGGAAAGGAAAAUAAGAAUGAAGUGACGGAACCUACCAUUGCUGAUCAAACUUCAACACACCAUUAUAAGAGCUUUGCUGCUAAUUCAUUUCUGAGUAGAUAUGAUUCAUCGUCAACUAUAGACGGCUACAAGACACUAGUGUCUUGGCCUGCUCGGAGAUCAUUCCAUCCAAAUGUGCCAGUUGAAGAUGAGGAGUCUAAAACAUAUGAAAGUGCAAGUGCAUUGUCCUUGGCCACAUUUGCCUCACUUCUAAUCGAGUUUGUUGCCCGACUACAGAAUGUUGUUAACGCAUUUGAAGAGCUGAGCAAUAAGGCUAACUUCAAAGAGCCUGUGGAGGAGCCUAUUGCAGUUAGCAUGGGUGAUGGGUUUCUCGAUAGAAUAUGCAAAUCUGUAGGACUGAAGAGUUGACAUUGGCAAUGAUCCUGCAAGGUUCCUCCAUCUGAAACCUUGUCUCUUGCCUUUACCAUGCAGUUUAGUUUAAUAAUUUUGGACCCCAACAUGUGUAAAUAUUAAACUUGUGUAUAUGCAACGAAAGAUUGCUGGCUGUAUUGCUGAUGGAGCUCAGUUUGCUGCCACUAAAGCGAUCAGCUAUGGUAACACUGUUGAUCCAUAUAUUCCUUUCUUUGAUAUGUCUAGUCACGCUGAAAUUAUGUUUAACUCCUGUCUAGACAGCUUGCUGGUAGGACGCUCAUGUAUACUUUGUGUAACAGGGAUGUUUCGUUACAUGCUU